AUGUUUGAUGUAUAAGCAUUGUUCAAUGUUUUGAUGUUUUGAUUUUAACUAGAACAUCUAUAAUUUCACUACAUUUGCUUCAGAUUGAAAAAAAUGGGUAAUAGGGACAAGAUCACUCCUUCUAGUGCUACAGAAGACGAAUAUAUUACCAUGACAGCUCAGGAGCUGCAUAUUCUGUCGGAGCUUGAUAGUCGUCAGUAUGGUUACCUCCUGCUUAACCAACCUGAAAAUGCUAAGAAAAAGGCCUUAGUUCAGAAGGCUAUUAAGUAUUUACAACUUAUGGUAGUUCAAGCACGUAAGCAUCAUAAAGAGCAGAAGGAGAAUGAACCACAAAACUAUCAAAUGAAACAGAUUAGCAUUGAUCCCAAGACCUGGGUAAAAUUGGGGCACUUUCAUUUGCUACUUGAAGAACAUCAUAAAGCCCUUUCCGCCUACCAGAUGUUUUACAAGACUCAAGCAGAAAAUCACUGGCAAAAUGUGACAUUUUUAUAUGGUCUUGGUCUUGUUUAUUUUCAUUACAAGGCGUACCAGUGGGCCGUUAAAGCAUUUCAAGAGCUUCUUUAUGUUUCUCCAUCAUUUCAACGUGCAAAUGAAGUUCACUUAAGGUUGGGAUUAAUGUUCAAAGUCUCUCAGGAAUAUGAGCUAGCACAUAAACAUUUCCAGCUUGCGUUAGUAGAUACUAGUCCUUCUACAACUCCAAAGAAUAAUAUCCGAUUCCAUAUUGCUCAUUUAUUUGAGAUACAAGGAAAGGUGAAAAUUGCCAAAGAAAAAUAUGAAGCCCUGCUAAAAGAUAAAUCGAUAACACCUUUGCUGAAAGCGGAAAUUUUUCGACAACUAGGCUGGCUCUAUCACAGUCAUGAAACCUUGGGUGAUAAAAAUCAGAGAAUACCGUUAGCCAUACAUUGUCUACAAAAAUCUAAUGAGACUGACCAGUUUUCAAAUGGGCAAACUCUUUAUCUGCUGGGGAGAUGUUAUGCGGGUAUAGGAAAAGUUCAUGAUGCAUUUAUCGCCUACAGAAAUUCAGUGGAGAAGUCUGAGGGCAAUGCUGAUACAUGGUGCAGCAUAGGCGUCUUAUAUCAACAGCAGAAUCAGCCUAUGGAUGCUUUGCAAGCAUACAUUUGUGCUGUACAAUUGGAUAAAAGUCACUCAGCAGCUUGGGCCAAUUUAGGUAUUUUAUAUGAACAUUCACUUCAAGCCAGAGAUGCAUACGCAUGUUAUUUAAAUUCGUUAGCUGGAUUUAAAAGCAAAGGGAUUACUGAGGAAACUUUCGGUAGUACUAAACUACAAAAAACGAGUAUCACCGCUGUGGGAAUGAACCCACAUCUCUCUCAGAGGAUUAAUUUUCUCCAAACCCAUCUAUCAAACGCCCCGAUGCCAAGUGUAACAUCACAGCGAAGGCAGUUGCUUUCUAUAGAAGAGGCUUGGAACCUUCCCAUAUCUGCUGAGAUGUCAUCGAGGCAGCAACAACAACCAAAUCAGUCGCGUGGAACAGGCCAAUCCUUCCAAAAAGUAUAUGGUCAUAAUGGAAAUGGUUCCCAAGGCCCCCCUCCUCCCUACCCAAGUCCAACUUCAUCAGCAGGCAAGAGGGGUUUUAAAGUUGAACCAGAUCAAAAACCGACUGCUGCUAUUUCAUCUACCAAUGCAGGAGGGCAGCCAACUUUUGUUCUUACUCAGCAGCAAAUUAAUUUGUUGAAUCAUUUACAAGCAAAUGCAGCAACAUUAACACAGCCUCAACAGAACAUCAUGAGGCAGCUGCAACACCAACACAACUUAAUGCAACAGCAUUUAAGAAAUCAAAGCAGACAAAAUAUAGGAAGGCCAUCAUUAGUAGCUCCUUUAUCAGGAUCAAGAGGAGACUUAACAUCGUCAUUGGGUAACACGCCUAUUAUCGCGCCAAUACAUUCUACAUGUAAAAGCUUUUCACCAACGAGUGCUAGCGGUACAGUCACUAUUCCAUCAACUCAGUUUAUGCAGAGCCAACAACAUGACCUUGAUGUAGAGGCAGAACUAAAAGAUCUACUUUCACAAAAAGAUCUGGCCACCACUUUGGCUGAAAAUUUAUUGAAGCAUUUUGGCUCCGAUGAUAUUGAUAGUUCGAAACCGGAAGCAGAUUCUACUACGCCUAAUACAGCAACUUCUAGGACAGGCUCCACACUACCACCAGCUUCAGGUAGUCCUGCUCUCCCUAGUUUUAAAACAACAAUUCAUACUAAAUCUUCGACACUUUCAUCUGGGCCGUUUUCCCCAUCUAAUACAGAAACCGGAAAAUCUGAGUUUAUGGAACCAAAAAAGAGGAGAAUUAAGUCGCCUUCUAGGGAUGAUGUUUUAAUAGUAAAAAACGAACCUCCUUGGGACUUUGAAUCUCUCCAUUCCCCUGAAAAAAAAGCUUAUAUUGACUAUAAUAUCGAUAUGAGUGCAGAAACUGUGCUUCAACUAUGCAAAAGUGAAUCAAUUACUGGGGAGAUAAAUGGCUCAAUAAUAUCGGAGAGUGGUCCUCCACCAUCCCCACCCGAACCUCCUUCUAUAAAGUUAAAUCAUCAGCAGCUAAUUCCUCCUACGCCAUCUGUUUAUCUAGAUAAUAAAAAACAUGCAUUUAGUCCACAAUUGCAAGAGUUUUGUCUAAAACAUCCAAUCGCCGUAGUGAGAGGUCUAGCUGCGGCUCUCAAAUUAGAUUUAGGACUCUUUUCAACUAAAACGUUGGUUGAAGCGAAUCCAGACCACAGUGUAGAAGUAAGAACACAAAUUCAACAACCUUCUGAUGAGAAUUGGGAUCCUCAGACUGGAAAAAAAGUUUGGGCCUGUAUUUCACACCGAUCUCAUACAACUAUAGCUAGAUACGCCCAAUACCAAGCUUCCAGCUUUAAAGAAAGUCUGAGGGAAGAAAGAGAAAAAGCUCAAGCUGGUUUAUCAGACUCCGACUCCAAAGACUCGACGUUUUACGGAGGAAAGAGAAGAAAAAUAAAUUUAUCUACCAAUAUUCCUUCAUCAAUCACAAAGGCUCUUAAAGAACAUAAAACACUUAAAUUUGGUACCAAUGUUGAUUUGAGUGAUGAAAGAAAAUGGAGAGCCCAAUUACAAGAACUGAUGAAACUACCGGCAUUUGCUCGGGUAGUAUCUGCUGCCAAUAUGUUAUCACACGUUGGUCAUGUUAUAUUGGGAAUGAAUACGGUCCAGUUAUACAUGAAGGUGCCUGGAAGUCGAACUCCAGGCCAUCAAGAAAAUAAUAAUUUCUGUUCUAUCAAUAUAAAUAUUGGACCUGGUGAUUGCGAAUGGUUUGCUGUACCUGAUUCAUACUGGGGAGCUAUUUGCCGAUUAUGCGAACAAAAUCAAAUAAAUUAUCUUCACGGUUCGUGGUGGCCUGUAUUGGAAGAUCUCUAUAAAGCUAAUAUACCAGUAUACAGGUUUCUGCAAAGGCCCGGAGAUUUAGUUUGGGUAAACGCUGGUUGUGUGCAUUGGGUUCAAGCCGUCGGUUGGUGUAAUAAUAUUGCAUGGAACGUUGGUCCUCUUACAGCUAGGCAAUAUCAAUUAGCAAUCGAGAGAUACGAAUGGAAUAAACUCCAAAGUUUUAAAAGCAUUGUGCCUAUGUUACAUCUUUCAUGGAAUUUGGCAAGAAACAUUAAAGUUUCGGACAGGAAACUUUUUGAGCUCAUUAAAAACUGUCUUCUUAGAGCUCUUAUAAAGUGUUCCAGAAUGUUGCAAUUUGUGAAAGAUAAAGGAGUCGAAGUGAAAUUUCAUGGAAGGGGUAAAAAUGAAGCAUCUCACUACUGCGGCCAGUGCGAGAUUGAAGUUUUUAAUAUCCUUUUUAUUAGAGAGCAAGAGAAAAGACAUGUCGUGCAUUGUAUGGAUUGCGCUAGAAAACAGUCGCUUAAUCUUGAAGGGUUUGUUUGUCUUGAAGAAUAUAAAAUGCAGGAACUUUGCGAAGUUUAUAAUAAUUUUGUCUUAUAUAACAAUAUUUCUACGAAUGCAGAUGCUUUUAGACUUAUUCCUUAGUAAAACUUUGAAAAUGGAGAGAAUGAAGCUUGAUUGAUGAUGAAUGAUUUGAAAUCAUUUAUGGGUCUGACAUAUAAGUCUAAGAGGUGAAAAUUAGCCCCCAAUGCAUUAUUUUACAUUCAAAUGUUGUUUUGCAUUCGUGCUAUGCAGAUUGUGAGAGUUAAUUGAUACCUGCCGUACGUUGGGAAAACAUUUGUUAAGGAGGUAUUACAAAAAAAUAUAGUUGUUUUUUAAAGGUGGUUCACCCUUAAAACAUUUUUAAACAUAUAAAAAUUGGCACGUAGGGUGUCUAUAUCCUGUCGUAUUUGAAAUGAUAUUUAAUAUAUGUAAUUAUAAUUAACCAUUUUAACCUACUUAUUGCAUUCUAAAUUAAAAUUGGAAUAAUUAAUGAAUUUCGUGUGACAAAAGCUUCAAAUUAUUUUUAUUCUUAGAUUAUAAUUUUGUGUAUUGAAAUAUGCAACAAAAUAUAUUUGAAAAAAAAUAAAAAACGUUACAGGAAUAACGGUUGAACUUGUAGGAAUACAAUCGAAUAUGUUCAUCAUUUUAAGCUUUUAUGAGUUACAUCAAAUUGUAAUUUUCCACCUAGAAAUGUUUAGAAGGAAAUUAUCCUUUUUUGAAAUACAUAAAAAAAUUUAAUGAUCACGUUUGGUAACUAAAUACUAGAUAUAAAAAAAUAACACAACCUAGACAUGAAUGAAAUUAAUAAAACUUUGAAAAAACUAGAAGUCAAGAAAUUAGUGAGUAAAGUUUUAGCAUCAUUAUUAUUAAACAUUAUUAAAGGAAAUCAUUUAAAAAAUCGACUUAAGAUUAAAUAAUUAUUAAUGGUUAAAGCAUUUUUAAAAAUAAUUUUUGUACCAAAAUAAAAUAGUUAAUAGGCAGCAAUGAAAUUAUAAAUAUUCUGAGCUAAAUGUAAAAUAUGCGGGAUAAUUUUUUUUUGGAAAAUGUAAGCAUUACUCAAACAAACCAUUAUUUAUAUAGCAUAUUUUUAUUUUACACAUAGCUUUACAAAGAUAAAUGAAAGCGGUUAUAUAAGUGCCUCUAGAAAGGUAUGAAUAAAACAAAUUAAGUUUAUUAAAAUAAUUCCUAAUGAUUUUUUUCAGAGAUUAUUUUUCCGUUAUCAGUUUUUUAAAAAGCAAUCCUUUAUUUUACAAAUUAAUUAAUUCUCAUUUGGUAUUUAUUAACUUUUUGCUAUGUGGUUUAUUAAAUAAUCAGUUAUAAUUUUGAAAGCAAUAAUUUCAUAUGGUAGAAACGUGAGUAGAUCCGUUUAUUUUGUAUUUCAAAAAUUAUUCGUUACCCAGUAUUAGUUUCUUGCUUCACAAAUUACUUGAAAAUGCAUAUGGUACAAAAUAAAUGUAAUAGUUGAUGUUGUGCAUAGUUUUUGAAAUGCACAAGUUGGCCCUUAAUGCUAAUAUUUGGCGUAUCACUAGUAAGUACAAGCAAUAUGUCGGAUCCCUAAGAAUCAACUUUAAAUGACAACAAUGAAUAUAAAACAUGAUCGGAAUUUUGUUUUCCAAAAUUAUUAAAAUAUUGUCAGAAACAAUCAAAAAUCUAUUGACUAUAAUUGAUUUUUAGGAUAGUGUCAAGCUAAACCAAUACUCGCUUGGAAUUAUUUGGGCUUUUUUUUAUGAACACUCAGAUUAAAGUAAUCACUGGCCCCUCUGAAUAUUAUCAUGAGGUCUAAUGGACAGGUGCUAGCUGCUAGUAAUUAAAAAGAUUAUUACCAUUUAUCUCUAUGCAAUAUGGUGAACGAAGUAAGAAUUUGAUGCAAGUGCGACGAAUUUUUGUAAAUUUAUUUUGACAACAUUAUCUUUUUUUAUCAGUAAAUACGAAAAUAAAACUAUUUUCAUGGCUUUUACUUAAUAUGGUUCAGUGUGCUUAAUGUAAAUUUUGUUUCAUACGUAGACAGAAUAUUUAUUAUAAAAUGUUUCAUAAUAGUUACGUUAGAUGCUCAUUUGGGCCUGAAUUUUACGCGUCUUUGCCGCAAUAUGCCUCCGAAAAUCGAGCAGCAAAAUUUUUAAUCUUUUGAAAAUUUUUCUUAUAAUAUGAUACCAGUAUCACCUUAAUCUGAGUCAACCCGUCUUGAAUGUCUUGAAUCUUAUUACAGAAUUUAGUAAGUAAUGUAAAAAAAAAAACAAAUAAAACAAGUAACUAACGUAACGUCGCGAUAAGAUGUUGUAGGCAGAAGCAGGGGGUAAAAUGGGUUUUGGCGCCUAAUUUGAAUUUCGAUUUCAUGUUCCAAAGGCAAGUUCAACAACCGCAAUAUACUGUGAAAAGCGGUAUUACGUUUGUCGAGCGGGAUUAAAUCCCGUUCUUAAGUAAAUGACGUAAACGAGGUAGGAUAAGUUUGGUGAGACUAAGGAAAACACGGCUGUUGUCUGUACAUUGGCGGAUAAUUGUUAUAAAUAAAGCAAGCUGUGCUAUUUGUGAAACUAAAUAUUUCCAUCUUUUAUGCAAGCAACCGAUAUUUCUCUAAUAAUUUAUAGAAAGAAAUGAUUUACGCUUUUAAUAGUAAAUAGGUUGACCUGGUAUAAAACGUUUUAAAAAAAUAAAACAGAGGCUAAAUACUUUUUUAAUUGAUUAUUCUAUGGUUAUUUAUUUUAUAACCUCAUAUAUAUUGAUGAUACAAAUUCACUGCCACUCGUAACAUAAUGUACAACUAUUAGUAGGUAAGUGCUUUUAAUAAAAAUGUAAAAAGAAUCCUAAAGUGAUAUAUAUUAUAUAGAAAAUAUUGUAAUUUAUUGGGUGUAUAUAAUUCAUAAACACGUGUAAUUAUAGUAUAGUGGAAUUUCAAAAUACAUAUUGCAGUCGACCAUUUAUUGAUCUCAAGAUUUUAUUUACAUUAUAUUGUAAUAUAAUCAGAAAGUAAUUUAUCUACCACUUGUAUUUAUAUUUACACAUUUUACUUUAUUUUAUUUAUAUUUAUUACUAGAAUACAUUGUACAUUUUUAUUAAUGAAUAUUAUUUUUCUGUACCGAAGAAACAAAACCAUAACCUCAUUAUUGGAGUUAUGAAUGUUGGCCAGAUACAGAUUUAGAUAUACAGUAUGUCUCUCUAGAACCUCCAUUUAUCGAUAGAUAAAAUUUUAAGUUGUUACCUAAAAUCCAAUAUUUUAAAAUAAAUAUUGUUGUCGAGAUAUUUCAUAUUGUAAACCUUACUAUAGUACCUUUCCUGCCUACUAGCAUCUUUGAUUGAUGAAGUUUCUGGAGGAAUAACCUGUAUUAUUAUAUGUUCCUUUUUUUAAAUAUUUAUUUCUAUUAUCUUUAUACUAGCAAAUUAUUUUUUAGUUUUAAGCAAUAUUUUGGAUUUCGAACGUGAAAGUAAACUAUAGUUUGUAGGGAUCAAUAUUACUUAUAAUUUCUCUAUCUCUUUGGUAAUAGUGGUAAUAUUAUUUAAUAAGUUUUCUUUGAAGUAUUUUUUUACUCCUCAAAUAAAACCGUCAAUACUUUUUUCUAAUCUUAUCGAUCGUAAUCUUGGCGAUUAAAAAAUAUCAAUUAUAAAUUUGCACAAGCUUUUUUAAAGUUAAAUGUUAAAAGCUAAUAGAUUAAAAAGUUCUUUUCUGAGCUGGUUAGUCGCAAAUAGCGUUUGUAAAGUAUAUUAGUUAGACGUAUAGCACCCAUAUAAAAAUAAGUGAAUUAAAAGCCUGUAACUUAUUUUGUUGAAAAGUUUUGUUAUAUGUCAAUAAUAAUUUUUGAAACAAUAAGUAAAAUUUUAAUCCUUCGCGCCAAUGGUCACAAUUUUCCAAUGUAACAACAUAACGUACAAUUAAACACCUCUGAAAAGGACAUCCCACUUUAUAGAGAUUUUUUUUUAACUUUAAAAUUUUAAACGCGCGCUGUGCAAUUCUAAGAGCAAACUUAUAUAAGUAGUAAGUUUAUUUGUAUGUAAAUAAAUAGGUAGUAUCCAUUUAGUUUUAUAAACUAGAUAGGAAUUCAUUCUGAGAUCAGAAGGGCUAUUAUGAGGAUAUUGGAAAAGUUUAAUAAAUAAAUUUGCUUAUCUAAAUCACUGCAAUAAUACCUAAUAUAAACUUAAAUGGCUAAAAAAAGAUGUUUUGUCGCCACAAAAAAACAACUUUUAUUGUUUAUUUUACUGCUUUUUGAAUAAUUUUAAAAAUCUACCUAGUUUAUAUUGUAAGUCGGUAUACUAUAGUAUUUAUUAUUCAUCAGUUUAUAAUACUAUAUAUGAUUUAUUUUUUUUAAUAGUAGGUGAUCUAAUAUUCAUACACCAAAGUUUGAAGUUUGUGUGUUAAGUAAAAAAAAAACGAAUUCUUAACUUACCUAUUUAAGUAAGUGUUCAAUAGUUAGGUUUUCUAGUUUCUGUUUUUUUAUUCGUAUAAAUAAAACUAUAUACAAAAGCGAUAUAACUUAUAUAUGCCACUACAGGACGUUUUAACGCCAGGAAGAAUGCCCAGGACUGUUUUUCCUUUAUAUAAAUUGUCGUCUUCAUAAAAGUAGUUUAAUUUUAUGACCUUAAAAUAAUUUGUAAAGCAUUGGUUAAAAUCGUGUUUUAUGGUAAUAUACUAAAACAUUGUUUAACUAAUUUAGAUAUGUAAACUUUAUCGUAUAAAUAAAUACAUUUUAUUUCGACUACUUCGACACUUAUAGGCAAACUUAGAAUUAAUUUAAGUGUUUUUGUAACACUGCCAUAUUGUGAUAAAUCAUAUACUGCCCACAUACAAAACGUUUUAUAUCUGAGACUGAGAUGAAUAUAAUAAAAAUACUUUUUAAAAUUAAUGUACUAAAAAAAUUCUCAGUCUCGAGUUAUGCCUGGGUUAACAGUGCCUUCUGUUGUAGCAAUUAUUUUUAAAUAACAAAAAAGUAUCUAUUUUUUGUGCAUUAAAUCACAUUGGACUUAUUAGAUUUCGCAUAUAUACAUAUAACUAAAUAGUAUAAGUAAUAAUGGGAACUAGCUCAAUUUUGUAUGUAAUUUCUAAGAAAAUCAAUAUUAUCCAUAAUAAUAAUUUCUUAUAGUAAACUAUAUUAUUUGUAUUCAAAGUCUGAUUUUAAUUGCUUUUUUCUAGGUUUAUAUCGUAUGUAUACAACUCAUUUAUGUAGACAUUAAUAAAUUUUAAUUUAUGACAAA